GUUCGUGUCGUGUGCGCGUGGCUGCGGUGUCGCCAAAAAAGCGCUGAGUGUCCGGCACUGCGGGCUCCUUCGAUACUGCGGCACUCGCUCGCGCGCCGCCCCGCGCCACAGUUUCCGUUGUCUCAGCACUAGGCGGUGCGCAUCGUGCGCGCUGCUGGCGAACGCGCGUGCAGCCCGUUUUUCGUAGCCUCACGUCCCUCCGUCAUCCGCGGUCUUUCUCCGCAAGUGAGCCGCUCGUUCUGCAGCCACCAUGUCUGCUCCCGCCCCUGAUGAAACUGCUCCAGAAGGAACUCCAGGGGCCUCUGCAGCUGCAGAGGGAGAAGGAGGUGCGCCGGCUCCACCCCCAAACCUCACCAGUAAUCGUAGACUGCAGCAGACACAAGUGGAAGUGGAAGAGGUAGUGGACAUCAUCCGCGUGAACGUGGAAAAGGUUCUGGAGAGGGACCAGAAGCUGUCGAUGUUGGAUGACCGAGCUGAUGCCCUGCAAGCAGGAGCCUCCCAGUUUGAGAGCAGUGCUGCCAAGCUUAAGAACAAGUACUGGUGGAAGAACUGCAAGAUGAUGAUUAUGAUGGCAGUCAUAGGUAUCAUCUUGGUUGGAAUCCUUUUCUUGUAUUUCUUCUAUUGAGCUGUCCUCCAGAGGAUGCAAACAAGAGCUUGGCAGACCAACAGACAGACAAGAAGGAAAACCAGAAGUGUGACGUGCGAACCCUCAAGCUUCUCUUUCCUGCCUCUCUCCUUCUCGGUCGUCACGCCUCGCCGCUCUUCGGGUUCCCCCGCAAAGUUCACCCGUUGUAUCCCUUGGCUUCAUUUCUGCGAGUCGGACUGCGUUCCUCUUUUCCUCCGUUGAUCGGAGUCAGCAGAAUAGCCUGUGUCUUUCCUUUACUCUCACUCUCUGAAACACUGAGGAGGGUGAACGGAAGAGGGCGGAAGCCAUACAAAGAUGAAGGAGCGGCUGCCGAGAAAGGCAUGUGGAGAUGUGCAUUACCUCAUAUUCAUUUCUCUUAUUUAUUGUCCCGAGCAACCUAGUAUUUAACAUUUUGACUUUGAUUUGUCUCCUUUUUGUACAAUUAACAUGUUAAUAUUUGUACCGAGAACACCUGGAUGGACAUUUUAAGUUUAUGUUAUAUCUCCUCCUGUCUUUACCUUUUUUUUCUUGUGCUUUUCUGCAUCUGUCAAACUACGUAAGACAGGGAGAGCUGAGAGACAACUGAAUAGAUUCUUAUUUUUAUAUACGAUACGGAUCUAUGCAGGUCUCCGCUAGAAAGACGCGCUUGAUGGGAUGGCGUAUUUGAAACAUAAAUGCAUUCGUCACAUAUUGAUGUAUUCCAUAAUGGAAUAUUCUUAUUCUAUUAUUUUAACAGAUGCAGCACCACAGGAACCUGCAUAAUCAUUUUAAAUUUCAUGCAGUAACAAUACAUUUUCUUGCAGGUAGAAAUUCAUUAAAGAAGUAAGCGAUGUAUCAUUAUUUUGAUCUGUAAUUUACACUGCAGAGGGAAUUCCGGUCUUGUGUAAACAUUGUUCCAGUGGUGAUGUGGUAAGUCACAGGCUGGUAACACACAGCAAACUCAGCUUUUUAUUUUGCGGCUCUACUAUCGGCAUGACGGUUCAUGCGCUCAUAUUUUGUUUUCCUCUUUACCUUUAUCCUAAUUUGGGUAUUAAUUGUAAUGUAUAAUUAGGAGCUUUUGUUGCAUAGGUUACUUUAGCAUUAAUGCCAGUAUAAGUAAUGAAUAUGCAACUUUUACUCUACUUUUUGUCUUGAUGACCAGCUAUUGACAAAGGUAUAUUAUGAGUAUUAUGCAAUAUUUUAAGAACUUGACAUAAGAAAACAUUUCAGUUUUAUUUUUAGGUAAAUGUGGAAAGUAAUGGAAAUCUGACCAUUCCCAUGGCACGUUGUAAACAGUAUCUCAGAAACCCAAGAAAUAUGUGUUCGUUUUUAGAAUUAUAUAAAUAAUAUUGUGAAAGCAAAUUAUAAUACUGUACAAAUGCACUUCAAAUGUUACUGUUUAAAAAAAUGUAUAAAUUACAGUUUUAUUUUUGAUGAACUACAGAAGUAUGUAAGUGUGUGGUGAUCAGGUCAGUACCUUGUAGUCUGAAGGUCAGUGGUUUGAACCCUUGUUUUGGUACCCUUAAGUGAAGGUUCUAACUCAGAGUUACUACGGAAAAAUAAAUAGCCAUAAAGAGAUUGUUGUACAGUUUCUUGCCAAUUACAGUAAGUCACCUUUAACAAAGGCUUAAUUUAAAGAGUAAUAUAAGAGAAGACAAUUUAGCAAGUCUUCAGACGGAGCAGCACGGGACAUAUAUUGUGUUUCUGGCGAGUUUUUCGGACUGGUCUGGCUGAUUUCACGGCGCAGCUUUUCUUUCCAAAUGUACUGCCUGUCUGCACACUCUUGUCACUGCUGUGCUGUCUGUAUGCUGCUGUAACCCUGUAAAAUUUCCUUCAGAAUC